CUACCUAAUGAAGUAUGGCUACCUACCCAUGUCGGAUAUGGAGACCGGCAACCUGAGGACGGAAGACCAGCUCAGGGACGCCAUCCGCACUAUGCAGCGCUUUGGCCACGUCCCGGUGACAGGAGUGCUGGACGAGAAGACGAAGGAGCUUUUCAACAGGCCCCGCUGCUCCUUGCCUGACGUACUUCCCGACCAGACUUCGUACACGCUCAGUCCUCGUCUGAAGCGAUUCGUGAAGCAAGGGAAGCGGUGGGACAGGUUCAACAUCACGUGGGGGAUCCGGACGUACCCGACCAAAAUCAGGGACAAGACAGGCCAGCCGAAUCACCUGACCAGAUGGGAGAUUCAGAGGGAGUUCAGACUCGCUACGGAGGUUUGGGAUCGCGCCUCCCGACUCGUGUUUUUAGAAUUGGAACACAAUGCAGACCAAGCAGAUAUUAUUAUUGAUUUCAAACGAGGAUACCACGGGGACGGGUACCCCUUCGACGGACAAGGGAAGACCCUCGCCCAUGCUUUCUAUCCGGGCGCGGGCGUGGGCGGGGACAUGCAUUUCGACGACCAGGAACCGUGGGUGCAACACAAGGAUUCCGAUAAUACCUGGGAGCACGUGAGUCUGUUUAUCACGGCGGCCCACGAGCUCGGCCACGCGCUGGGCCUCUACCACUCGGACGUCGAGGGGGCGCUCAUGGGGCCCUACCUCAUCAAGUUCCCUGAGACCUUCCAGCUGCCCGAGGACGACGUCAGGGGCAUCCAGGAGCUCUAUGGCCCGGACGAGAACUGGAACCCGGACCGCCACCCGCAGCCUCCGCCGGCGCCCCCCACCCCCAAGCCCAAGGAACCGCCCACCACGCGGCCCACCAAGGAAACCCCCAAGAAGCCCAUCCUGCCGCCCAAGAACACGGAGAAGCCCGACACGUGUGACACCGAGUACGACGCCCUCUCGGUCAUCCGCCGGGAGGUCUACAUCUUCAGGGGCAAGUACUUCUGGCGAUUGGAUCCAUCCGGAAACCUGCGUCCCAACUACCCGGCUGAAAUCACACGGUUCUGGGCUAUUCUGCCGAAAAAUAUCACGAAAAUUGACGCUGUCUAUGAAAGGCCAGAUACUAAUAUUGUCUUUUUCAUUGGCAAUCGCUACUAUGUUUGCCAAGGAAACCACCGGCUGCUCAAGACUGGGCUUCUCAAACACCUAGGACUGCCUGAGGACCUUGAGAAAGUGGAUGCUGCUUUUGUCUGGGGACAUAACGGAAGAACCUACAUCUUUGCUGAUACGAUGUACUGGAGGUUUGACGAAUCUGUGCAAAAUGUUGAGCUUGAUUAUCCAAGGGACAUGGUCAUGUGGAGCGGUGUGCCGUACAGCAUUGACUCAGCCUUUAAAUAUAAUGGAACCACUUAUUUCUUCAAAGGCAAAGUGUUCUGGGAGUUUGAUGACCUGCGUAUGAAGGUGAAGCCCAAGUCGCCUGCCCUUUCAGCACCCUACUGGCUUGGCUGCCCCAACAACAUCGAAAACCCAUCCUACGGAAAGGCAUCCGUCACUGACUCCUCUGGUAGUGGCAGUAGCAAUGGCUUGGUGACCUCUCUCCUGCCAUUAGUGGUCGCUCUUGCUGUCGUGGUGCGGGCCGAGUCGCUCACGCCAUCAUGGGGGUUUAGGCUGUGAAGUGCUCAAGGGAGGGAGGGAAGUGCGAGGGGAGUGAGGGGGGUGCCCCCAAGAGUUCUCAUGGGAUUUAUUUUCUUUUAUGUUUUUUAUUCACUUUUCUCCUUUCUCUGUUUGCAUUCUUCUUUUUUUAAUGCCCCAUAUUUUAGAAUUUCCUUCUUUUCCAGGAUUUUUUUUUUUUUUUUUAUGUAUGCAUAUAUACGGCAUGGUAAUAUGCUUAUGUAUUUCAGGAAUUAGUUGUUCAACUAAAGCUGAGAAAUGUGUGUGUGGAAUGAAUGUAUGUCAGUUCUUCUUGGACCAUUCUGAUAACUAUUAUAAUCUCAGAACAUGUUGAACAUGCCUGAAGUAGGUUGUUUCUUCUAUUUUAAACACAAUUUAUAAGAACACUUUUGGGGGAAAAAUAUUUAUUGCUGAGGGAUUUUUCCUUUCCUCUGUAUGAAGAUGAUUUCUCAGUCAGUGUUUUUUUUUUUUUUUAUUCUCUCCCUUUUUAAUGCGUAUAGUGUGAUUAUUAGAAACAUUAAAUUCUAUAAGGGGUGUUUGAUGUGAUAGCUCAUAGAUUGAGCUCGGGUAAUAUCUUUUAAUACUGUAAGAAUGUAGUGGGAUGUGUCUUGAAUACUUGAUAUCUAUAUGAAUGCUUGUUUUUUUUGUUUUUUUUUGUUUUUUUUUUGUUUUUUGUAAAAGAGGGUACUUUUGCUUUUUAUUUAUUUUUAUUUUAUUUUUUUUACUCGUCUGUAUGAUGAAACCAAAAGGUAUUUAAGAAAUUGUCUUGUUCUGUAUCAGUCUAAUAAAGGAGAUAAUUUAGAAGUAUCGUCUGUUUGUGUAAUUGAUGAACCAUUUCUCUGUUAUUUUAGUGGGAAAAAUUCUAAAACUGGAAUACACAGUGCCAGUUGGAAUGUAAGAUUUAAGUUUUGUCUUGUUUCUUUUCAUAAUACAAACAACUGCCAUUAUACUGUAGUCUUUGUGCUAACUUGUAUUAUUGGGUUGGGGUAAAGCUGGAAGUACUUCCAUUAUGCGUCUGCAUUUCUUAUCUUUUUUCUUACUCAAAGAGUACGAAUUAUAUACAUUUAAUUUUCUGGAAAUAAAUUGUGGAAGCAUUGGCCUUAGUCUGUAUUGUUUUGGACUGUAUAUCUUUAUUAUUGUUUUAGCAAUAUUGAAUUAUUUUUACUUCUUUGGAUUCCCUGUUAGGUAUAAUUGAUAAAGAAAUUGAUAUUCUAACUGGAAUAAGAAAUGCAAAUGUGUUUUAAUGCAAAGUAUUUGAUGUAAAGGAUCAUUUUAUCUCUCACCCAUUUGUGUCACUAUUUUUUUUUUUUUUUCUUUUUGUCUUUUGUCUUUUGUGACAUCUCAUUUCUUUUGUCUCUCAAAAUGAGACAAGCUGUAUAUUUUUGUAAUCUUUCAAACUGAUAUUUUUCACUUUAUUUGUUUUUUAAGAUUACUGAUCAUUGGUUAUUGAAAUGAGCUUCGGACAGAAUUUUCUUGGUGUGUAGCUACUGGGAACAGAAACAGAUAGAGAAGAGACCAAUAUUUGCAUUUGUGACUCGUAUUAUGUUAUUGCAGUGAGGCAAUACAGAAUUCAGAAUCUGCUGGUUUAGAUCUCCCGUUUUGAAACAAACUUCUCCGUUAUUUAAUGCAAAAACACACGCUAUAGAAGUUUUUGCAAAGAAAGUGAAAGAUUAGGAGAGAUUAUUGUUACAUAAUAUUAGUAUUGUAGAGGCUAUUCCACUGAACUUAUCACUGCUGUACUGCUAGUCAUGGUUAAUUUAUAAACCCAGGCUCUCGUCAAUCUUAUAGAAUGGAAGCUAUCACAUUCUGUUGAUAUGAGAAAGGAGCUUCUGUUCUGGAAAUAGUAUGAACUUAAAUGCCUGUUCACUUAAGGAAUACCAUAGUAUCAGUUUUCACAUUUUACUGGUCGUCAGAUGUAUGUAUGUGUCAACAAAUACACUAGCUUUUAUUUGUACUUGAAUAAUUUUACUGAACAAAAAAUGUCUGUAUACUGCUGAAGGUAAAAAUAAGUGGGUGCUGUCAUUUUAGGAGAAAAACUGUUUUAGUGAUGAAAAACUUGGAAGUGUACAAUAGGAUAUGUAUGCUAUGAAUUUAUAAAAGGAUUGAAACAUAUGAAUAGACUCCUAUGUAGUUCAGUGUUCAUUUACAAGACACAUAAAGCUGUGGGUAUCUCGUACUCACAUAGGUUGCCAUAAGACAAAAUGGCACCUGUACUGUAUUCUUGUGUACUGUACACAGAUUUUGAAACUGACAAGAAAAGCACUUGAAGAGUAAUUUACUCUUGUACCUACAUGUAAUAAUUAAGAAAAAAAAAAAAAAAAAAUCAUUGUGAAGGAAAAUCAGAGUAAGAAGUGUUACUGAAGCAGGCUUAUGAAGAGCCAAUAUUGUUAUAUAUAUGGAUGUGAUUUUAAAGCUUCUGCUUGUGGUAAUGGUUGCACCAUCUCAUAUGAUGAAAAUAGUUUAAAAAAAAAAAAAUCUUGUUUGUGGAUAUUUAAUAUGUUAUUUCAAGGGAAUUACACCAUGGAGCUUGACUUUUCUUUCCCAUUUUUUGUAUUUACCUUGCCAAGUAAAUACUAUAGUUUAGAGCACUGUAACUCUUGUUCUUAUGUUGUAUUACUGAGCUAGCAAGUUCACUCUUCACUAAUAUUGAACAAUAACCCAUAUCGUAAAGAUCUGCUUUUAGCAGGCAGAAUGAAAAUGCAAAAAUUCAUUUUAUUGUAUCAAUUCCUCCUUUUUUUUCAUACUCAUGUGAGAUAUGAUAAAUGUUUUCAUGUUCGAUGAUAUUGUUCUCUUCCUUGACAGUGUCUGGUUGGGCAGGAAUAGUUUUGUUAAUAUUCAGCCUUCAUUGUGAAACCAGAAUUAAGCUUAAUUUCUCUAUUUAGGACAAAUAUGAGGUCUCGUCAGCAUGAAUAAGUAUACAUUCAUCUUCACACUUCACUGCCACACCUAUGUCCUGUAUGGUUUGCAUGGUUAUUUAUUGACUGUUGUAACACUUGGCACAGAUAUAUGUAUAAUGAAAGUAAUUAAAAUCAUUUUUCAAG